AUGGCGCGACCGAAACGAAACGUCCUCGCCGCGGCCGAGGAGACCACAACACCACCGGACGCACUGGCCGCCAACCAAGCCAUCGCGCGCAUCAUCAAGGCCGAGGGCAACAGCCUGUACUCAUGCACGCUGCCCAACGGCAAAGAGGUCCUCGCGGAGCUGGCCCCGCGCUUUCGAAACACGAUCUGGGUCAGAAGAGGUGGCUACGUUUUGUUGGAGAGGGCCGACGAGGAGGAGCGCAAGGGUAGCAGGGUGGAAGGCGAGAUCGUCAACAUUGUGCGCGACGAGCGCGCAUGGAGGAAGCAGCCGUACUGGCCCAAAGAGUUCGCGAAAAAGGUCGAACAAGACAGCGACGAUGAUGAAUCGAACGUAGGGAAGAUGCCGCCAUCAGACUCGGAAGACGACUCUGCUUGA